UUUCAUGAAUGGAGGGGGCGGUCACGAGGAAUCGGUGACGUGAGUGCUUGCGGAAGCAGAGCGUGGAAUGUUGGUACAUUGUUGUUGUUUUGUAGUUAAUUUAGUACGAGGAUACACCGCUGCCCGGCCGCUGCUGGACGGUUUUAUACCCACUGUGUCAAGUUACUCCGCCGCCUGUGUCGGAAACCCACUCUGCCAGUUUUCACGCAUCACGGUCCACAGAUAUCCGCGUCCACAGAGUGUGUCUUCUGUGAGAUUCUGGCCAGUUGUCUGCAUGCAGGGAAUGACGACUCAUUUUAAGACGAGCAAAGCUUUAAAGGUCAAGAAGGAGGUGGGUGAGAAUGCCCCGGCACUCAGCGACGAUGAAUUGGUGGCCAUGUCCGUGCGGGAGCUCAACCAGCACCUGCGUGGGCUGACCAAGGACGAUGUCGUGAGGUUGAAGCAGAGGCGAAGGACCCUGAAGAACCGUGGCUACGCCGCCAGCUGCCGCAUCAAACGUGUCACCCAGAAGGAGGAGCUGGAGAGACAAAAGAUAGAGCUGCAGCUCGAGGUGGACAAGCUGGCCCGCGAGAAUGCCAGCAUGAGGCUGGAGCUGGAUGCCCUGCGAGCCAAAUACGAGGCCCUGCAGUGUUUUGCCCGGACUGUGACCCGCGGGCCCCUCUCGCCAGGCAAGGUGGCCACCACCAGUGUCAUCACUAUCGUCAAGUCAGCCAACCACAACAACAACAACAACUCCAGCCCGACCCCGUUCUCAACUCUCUCCUAGUGUUGACAGGACUGGGCUCUACUUCUCCUGCCUGGUCCUUCCCGGUUCUGACCCAGCCUGAACCCGCUCAUCCUGUACUGAGAGGACGCUCAGUAGUUAGACUGAGGGAUGGGAUGGGGUGGCAAGCUCUAUGUGAUGUUAUGCUG